AUGGCUGUAAAAGCCUCCGUCCUCGUCGCCAGUGCCAUCGCGACACUGGCACGGGCAGCGCAGCCCGGAGCUGCUUCUCCCAUCGCCGCGCCCAUGCGAGACCUCGUCUGGGGCAAGCUCAACUUCCUUCACACGACAGAUACCCACGGCUGGCACGGCGGACAUCUGCAAGAAGCACAAUAUUCGGCCGAUUGGGGCGAUUACAUAUCAUUUGCCGAGCAUCUUCAAAAAGAAGCUGACGAGCAGGGCGUUGAUCUGCUCCUCGUCGACACAGGCGAUCGCGUCGAAGGCAACGGACUAUACGAUGCCUCAAAUCCUAAGGGGAAAUACUACUUUGACAUAUACCGCGAGCAGGACGUCGACAUAAUAUGCACAGGAAACCACGAGCUGUACCAUGCCUCAACUGCCGAUGGAGAGCACCUGCGGACCGUCCCGAACUUCCAGGAGAAGUACAUUGCGUCCAACCUGGACUACAUCGACCCUAAGACGGGACUGCAGAUCCCCAUGGCGCAGCGGUACCGCAAGUUCCAGACCAAGAACCAGAAGCUGACCAUUGUCGCCAUGGGUUUUCUUUUCGACUUUACCGGAAAUGCCAAUAACACGGUGGUGCAGCCUGUGAGGGAGACCAUCAAGGAGCAGUGGUUCCAGGACGCCAUCAGAGAGAACCCGGAUGUGUUUGUGGUGAUCGGCCACGUCGGCGUGAAGAUGCCCGAGUUCAAGGAGAUCUUCACAGCCAUUCGUAAGCAGAAUUGGUUCACGCCCAUCCUGUUCUUCGGCGGCCAUGUGCACGUGCGUGACGCGACGGCGUAUGACUCCAAGUCGUUUGCUAUCGCCAGCGGUCGUUACUUUGAGACGAUCGGCUGGAUGUCGGUGGACGGUGAUCUGAAGAGGACAACCAAGGACGUCGUCGCUGCUGCUGCCAUCGACGUACCGCCCUCGGCUGAGGUCGCGGGACUCUCAUUCCACCGCAGGUAUAUCGACAACAACCUGUUGGGUCUCUACUACCACACCGGGUUGGACGAGUCCACGUUCUCUACCGACCAUGGACGAAACGUGUCGCAAAUGAUCGCCCAGGCCCGCAAGGAUCUCGAUCUGGAUUACACGUUCGGUUGUGCGCCGAAGGACCUGUGGAUGACGAGGGCGCCCUAUCCUUCCGAGGACAGCAUCUACACGUGGCUCGAGAAGGAGGUUCUUCCUGAGAUCGCCAUCAAUAACGAUCGGAAGGAUGUCCCUCGUCUGGUCAUCAUGAACACCGGUGCUAUCCGGUUCGACAUCUUCAAGGGCAAGUUCACGAGAGAUACCACAUACAUCAUCUCGCCCUUCCUCAGCGUCCUGCACUACAUCCCCGACGUCCCUUACGAGGUUGCCAGUAAGGUUAUUGGCUUGCUCAACAAUGCCGGAAGGAUCAUGGAGGAGGCUAGUGUCAUGGAGGAGCAAGCUCCUAUGGAUCCCCGCUUUAUGGGCAUUCCCGAGCAGUUCGCCAUUACGGAGGACAUUAUCCACGAGAAGCCAAUGCCUUCCUUCACAGGUGACUCAGCCGUUGAAGGACAAAAGCCACUGUCAGGCGAUGGUGGCUCUAGGAAGGAGCCCGUUCUGGUCGAAGGGUAUACGACAAGGGAUGACAUUGGCGAUGAUGGCGAUGAUGCUGUCCACUCUGCCAUUAACUUCUAUGUCGUACCUAAUUGUAUCCAGGCUGAGGUUGGGUUUUCACCCAAGGAGGAUGAUGAGAAGCCUGAAAAAGUCGAUCUCGUUUUCUUUGACUUCAUCCAGCCAUGGGUCAUGGUUGCGCUGAAGAUUUCUGGAGGUGAUUACACUAAUGAUGAUGUCAAGAGUUAUGUCGAUGGGACUUUUACGGAGUUGAUGGCCGGCUGGAUCAAGGAGAACUGGCCGCUCUGCUGA